AUGUCGGAUGCAGAUGCCAGAGAGGUCUCGCGCCUUUACCGCGCUUGGAGAACAGCACACGAGAUGAUCGCCGAUAGGGGAUAUGAUCUCACAGAAGAGGAACUGAACAUCAGUCUCGACGACUUCAAGGUCAAAUACUGCGACUCUGAUGGCAGACCCCAGCGAAAGAAGAUGACAUUCUCUGCCAAACCAUCUCAGUCGAUGAUUGACCGAAACACCGACACUCAAACCGGACAACUAAUCCCAAACUCCUGUGGUACAAUCUGGAUCGAAUUCUCUCCAGAGCCUUCCAUCGGUAUCAAGCAGAUGCGUGUCUUCGCCCAUACUAUAGUCGAACACAACUUCCAUACCGGUGUUUUCAUCACAAUGGCUCCCUUGACAUCGUCCGCAGCGAAGAUAAUUCCGACGGUUGCGCCGAGUGUCAUCGAAUGCUUUUUGGAACAGGAUCUGUUGGUCAAUAUCACACGUCACGAAUUGGUCCCACAGCACGUCUUGAUGAGUAGAGAGGAUAAGCGAAAGUUGUUGGAGAGGUAUAGAUUGAAGGAGACACAGUUGCCAAGGAUUCAACAAGCUGAUCCAGUCGCCAAGUACUUUGGGUUGAAGAGAGGCAUGGUUGUUAAGAUUAUCAGAAAGAGUGAGACUGCUGGCAGAUACGCUAGCUACAGAUGGGUUUACUAA